AUGAAUCAUACUAUUGAGUACUUUAAUCUCCAGUAACACAAACUGUAUGAAUAUAUGGUUGGGUUAACUUAAAAUGUAACAGGAGUUGAGAAGAUUUUUGCAGAAUUGAUCGCAUGCCUCCUUGAUUUUAGUUCAGCAAUCUCAAGUAUUGGAUAAAAAUUUCACUCUUAGAUUAGCAGUGGAAAUGAACCAGAUAUCUUAGUUUGCUUAUAUCAAUAAGUGAGCAAUUACUUAUUAAGAUUAUCAUAAAAUUGGGAUAAUACAGCUCAAAAAAUUAAGAGUGAGAUUGCAGAGCCUUACACUUAAUUUGUUGUGAAUUUCAGAUAAACGAAUAGAAGUUUGAAUAGUGAAUCCAAAAAGCAAGUAGCAGAAAUAAUAGAAACAAGAAAGGAGAUGUGUAAAACAUAAGAGGAAUAUUGGAGAUUGAUGAAAUUGUUUGAGUAGAAAUCUGAAUAGGCAUAAUAAAUGAUAGAUCAUAUUGAAAAAGGUAAUGCAACAAAGGAGGAUUUCCAAAAAUUAUUUAAUAAUUCUCUCAGAAUUCAGGAAUUGGCAGAUGGAAUGGAGAAGGAUUAUAAGAAAUUAUUAUUAAUCACAAAUGAAAGGUGGAAAUAGUUUCAUUAAGAAUGGGAUUCCAUAUUUACCAAUGUUGGUUUAAAUGAAUAGAGUAGAAUCAUGUUUACUAAGUAGACUGUUAGUUCAUUGUUAAAAUUAUUGCCUUUUGAUUAGGAUUAAUCAUAAUUUGAAGAAAAAAUAUCAGAUUUAGAACUUAAAUUGAAAUCAGAUCAAAAGAUACCCAUUAGAAAGUUGAUUGAAAAAAGAAUGCAAAUUCAAGAGGGCUCAUUUAAAUUUUCAUAUGAAGAAUUUGUAAGUUAUGAAUAGUGGAAGAAGAAUCACCAAAAUCAUGAUUAAGUCCACCCAUUAUAAUAAGUAUAGAGUUAAUGGACAAUUGUGGGUGAUAAAAUCUCAGAAGAAGAGAAAAAGCUGGUAGAUAAAUAUUUAUCAUCAUUAUUUUAAAUUGAUCUUUCAGAUAAAUGCGAAUAAAUAAUAAAAAUUAAGUAGAUUCUUUAGAAAUCUGCAGGCAGAAACUAUUUUAUUAAUUAGUUAAAUAAAUUACAUACUAAAUCAUAUUAGGAAAAAUAAGCAAGAUUCUAUUUAACAUUAACGACAGAAUAGUUUAUGGAAUUGUUAUAAUUAAUUAGGCAUUGGUUAAAUUAUGUUGAUUUGAAUGAAAUCUAUGAAUCAGAAGAUAUCUAUGAUUUAUUAUUAAAGGCAAUCAGAAUUGUUAGAAUAGAUGGAAAAGAGAGAGUUAAUCUGGCCUCAUAAUUAUCAGAUAUUCCUCUAUGGACUAAAGUUGAUAGAUGGAUAGAACUAUUUUAGUUUAUUAGUGCCAAGAAAGUUGAUGAAAAGAGAAAGCAAGCUCAAUCAAUCAUGUAGUAAACCUAAAGCACUAUUUUAAAAAAAGGUGUAAGAAUUAUUGGCAAAGGACUAUCAAUGAUCAAGAACUUUGGAUCUCAAUAAUCUAAUAUGAUGGAAGUAAAUGAAAGUGAAAUCUGUUAUAUGAUAUUAGAUGAAAUAAAUCUGUUCAUCUAUUCUCUAAAAUUACCUUCAGAAUUAUCUGCAGAAAUAAUUAUUUAAAUAGCUUCAUAAUAAUAAUAAAUUGAUAAAGAUCAUGUGGUUAAAUUAUUAGAAAAAUAAGAAGAUUUUCAUAACACCUAAUGGAAGAAAUUUUUCAAAUCAGGUAAAGUAGUUUUAACUCACAAAACUGAAAAAUAUGAGAGAAAAUAAUUAUACAUUUAUGAGAAUAAGGUGAUCUAAGGAUGUGGAGCAUGUUUAAAAUUUUUAUCCAUUCAAGAUCAACCAUAAAAGUUACUAACUCUUAAUGGCAAUUUUAAUAGAUAGUUGAAACAUAAAAUUAAGAAAUUCUAUUUGGGCAAUUCUUAAGUGUUUUCAGAUGAAUCCACUCAUUAAUUGAGAUUGAGAUUAAUGUCUUAGGCUUUAAAAUUGAAAUAAUUGAACAUUGAUUAUGUUGAUAUGAAAACAAAAGUAGGAAUCGAGAUGGAUAUUAAUAAUCUCUAUGAAGAAACUAUUAAGUUGGAUGUUUAGAGAAGUCUUCACAUUCAUAAAGACAAAAUUAAUUCAAAUGUUCUUUAAAGUUUAUUAAGAAUCUAUGCGUUUUACAAUUAGGAAGUUGGAUAUUGCUAAGGUAUGAAUUACAUAGCUGGAUAUUUGUAUUUGACUUAUUAGGAUUAGGAAAUUGCAUAUAAGGCUUUUGAUAGAAUGAUGAAUCUCUAUUUCAAAGAAUUAUAUAUUAAUGAUUUUUCAAAAUUGAAAACUGGAUUUUAUGCAUUUGAAAGAUUACUAUGUAUCUUCUUGCCUGAAUUAUCUUCACAUUUGAAAGAUUAGAAAAUUGAUGCCUCCUAUUAUGUGGCUUCUUGGUUUAUUACUUUAUACUCAAAUGUAUUUCAAUACAGUUAGAGAUCAGCCCUUUUGAAUGUUAUAUGGGACUUAUUUUUAGCAGAAGAAUGGAAAGGAUUUUAUAAAGCGACAUUUUAUAUAUUUUCAUUGAUUCAAUAGUAAAUACUUAACCUUGAGUUUGAUGAGAUACUUCAUUAUUUAGGACAAUUGAUAAAAUCUGAGAUGUUUAGUAUCAGUACAGAAUAAGAGUUAAUUUAAUAUAUGCAGAAAUUUGAUAAAUCGAUUAAAGCCGAUGUAUCAAUCAAAAAAACAAUUCUAUCAAGAUUCAGGAUCACUAAUAGAAUGUUAAAGAGUCUGGAAUCAGAAUAUCAUAGCUUUUAAUUGAAGUUGAAUAAAAAGUUUAAUUAAUGCAUGAAGAGAUGAAUUAUGAUAUCUAUAAUAUAGUAUAAAGUAAUUUAGAAUC